AACCACGCACACAUUUCAACCCCGGGGGUUGCUUUUACUCUCCCUUUGGCGCACACGGUUAUUCGGUGCCGUAUCGUCAUCAUCGUCAUAGUUGCUUCGUCUGCACCCGGCUUUACUUGGAGAAAUGGUCGUUGUUCUCCUCAAAUACCCAACUCUCGGAUUUGCAUCCAGAUACUGAGAGGACCUAUCACUUUAGGUGGUGUUGUUUGAUUUUAAUUAGUUUCUCAUAUAAAAUAUUUCUAAUCCGAAAGAAAAGUGGUGAAAGUGUUUAUCUGAAGAAGAUAUAGUACAACUGUUAAACGCCUACACACAUGAACAAAGACCUCAACCAAAGAGCUAAUUAAUUUGAACUUUCGGUUUUUUUUAAAAUCCCAAAUGUGUUAAACAAAUUAGGUGAAAAUCAAAAGAUAAAUUCGUUAAAUUAAGUGUUUUUGGUGAAAAUAAAUUGUGCAAGAUGUCCCUGGAACUUCUGGCAAGUAGAAGCAAUUAAUUGUAAUUUAAACUUUGACAUUUUACCUGUGUUCCUGUGAGGGUGUGAGGCGUUUAAAGUGAAAAAGGGAGAAAAAGCCCUUAAUUAAAAAAAAAAAAAAAAAUAGAAACUCAAGGCGAAAGGACAAGAGAAAAGAGACGGAACCAUGUCGCAAGAUACAGAUGUGGAUAUCAGUGUUGUAUCUAGUCCGGAAGUUAGUCCGCAUCGGGAAGAAUCACCGUCGCUACGGACAUCGUGUGAGAAUAGUAAGAAUGAUCGACAGUCACAGCAUACAAUCAUAAAUACCUAUCAGGAUGGUAUGGAAAGUCAUCUUGGGUCACCACAUCAUUCACCCACCGAUCAGAGAAAAGUUUCUGGGGCAGGCUACACGAGUUUCUCAAUAUCCAGCAUCUUGAGUCGCAAUGAUCCCAAGAAAGGACCCAUCACACCACUUUCAGCUGUACCAACGGCACAAGGAAUUUCGGGGCAUCACGAUGCAUCAAUGCUUUCAAGAUUAGGUUUCAUAUCACAGUGGGGUGCUCUAGCGGGGAGGUAUGCCGCCCUAUGCCCACCUGGAUGGCCAUGGUCGGCACAUCGGAUAUCAUUUCAUAGUCCCAAUGGGGAUAACUUUGCAGAUAGCUCCUCAACAAAUACAACGGAAAACCCAUCACCGACGCUGAGUCCUCAACCACAGCAGGAAAACAAAUCGCCAUCGGCUGGGGUAUCUCAUGCCACAUAUCCGGCGGGUGCGGGAUCAGAUGACGAGCACCAAGAGAUAAUUGAGGACGACGGCUCGGAUACGCCGGAUCGAACAUUGGAUAAUGCAUCACCACACCCAAAUAAUAAUGGUCCAAUUCAGGCGAAACGGAAAAAGAAAACUCGAACAGUUUUCUCGAGAGCGCAAGUGUUUCAACUAGAAUCAACAUUUGAUAUAAAAAGGUACCUGAGUUCAUCGGAACGAGCUGGUUUGGCGGCAUCACUGCGAUUGACCGAGACUCAAGUGAAGAUAUGGUUUCAAAAUCGACGGAACAAAUGGAAGCGUCAAUUGGCUGCUGAACUGGAGGCCGCAAAUAUGGCAAACAUGGCACAUGCGGCCCAGAGACUUGUUCGCGUUCCUGUCCUCUACCACGAGAGUGCUGGCGCGCCUGGCACAGGAUUCGCCCCGCCACCGCCUCAUUCGCACGCGACUCCCCUUUACUAUUCAACGAGGAGUGGCACGUCGCCACGACCGCCAUUAUCAUCCCUCGUUUAGAUCGCAUUGAGAAUGACGACAGAACAUCCCCAAAGUGAUGUUUGAUACGAAAUUGCAAUCUCCUUGGCAUUGGGAUCCACCACAGAACCCCUCUCUACACAAAUGCAUAAUCAAAAGAAUUGAAUCAAGAAGGGGGUUGCGGGGGAGGGGGAGCACAAAGCACGAAGUAGAACCCGGAAAAAGCGAGUCAUCGACUGAAGCUCACAUGAGAUUGGCACUAAAAGCCCAUAUAAAUCGCAUUUACUAAACUCUAUAUAUAAAAUUUACUAACAAGUUGAGUGUGAUUGUGGUGUUUGAAAUAUUUGAAAAUGGGAGAAAGAGGAGGAAGGUAGAUGCGAAAACUAUUUACGAUAUAAAUCCGCGUGUUAAUAGAAAGAGCGGAAAAACAAAAAUUUCAUUACAACAUGCAAAAUAUUAUGCAAAAUGAAAUAAAAAUGGAGAAAAAAACGAGCAAAACAUAUUUUUCAUCAAAAAAUAAAUUGAUUUUCAAGGCAAUUUAUUUUCAAAAUCAUGUGAUAUGUAGUUAGGGAUGAUUUUUAUUAUGAUUUUAGACUUCAAAAUAGGUUUUUAAAAAAACUCGAAGUGUGUGUAAAUAUAUUCUCCAAAGAAUCACCCCUAACUAAUAAAACAUUUUUGAAAAUAAAAGCAAAAUUUUAAUUAUUUAAUUUUUUUAAAGAAGGAUUUUUACAUUACACAAGUAAUUUAUUUAGUGCGUUAAUUGCGUAUUAUGUAAAGAUCCUAAUUCCACUUAAUGCUUUUCUUUUUUAACUUAAUCCUUCCUCUAAAUAUAUUCCAAAAUUGUUUAAAAAAAAAAGCUUAAUUAUUUUUUCUUCUCAUAAAAGUAUGACAAAAUGUGAUUUUAUUUUUAUUAAAAUGCCUAUAUUUUUUUUCAAUUAUAAACAUUAUGUGUAAGUAAAUUUGUAUAAAGCCCGACUUCUUUUAAUUAAUUAAAAAAAAUCUUACGUUAUAAAAAAAACAAAUAAAUGAAUAAUAUAAACUUGUAUUAAAUGAAAAAAAAAUCUUCAGGGGACUGUAAUAUUGUCACAUGUAUUUAAAGAAGAUAAAAGAAAAUAUUCAUUAGUCAAAUGUAAUUUUUGUUAUAUAAAAAUAUUGUAUAUUUUAAAUGUAGGAAUUUUUUGAUGAUAAA